GCAACCGACUUCACAACAUUCACACUGUCACACUCUGCCGAGCGACCAUGAAUUUUCAGGAGCAGCUGGAGCAGAUCCUGGCUGAGGGCAGGUUUGGAGACCUGAUAGAAUUCUCCUACCCCAUUGGAUAUUCCCACUGGGGGGUGUACGUCGGCGACGGGGAAGUCAUCCACUUUGCCAUCGCAGAUGAGGGCCAACUGAUGGCGAACGUGCGCAACACCCUGCAGACUGUCUUCCCUUUAUGUGGGGACCUUCUUCUCGGAGAAACCAAGAUUCGGAAAGUGCCGAUUGGUGAAGUGAACGUCCCCAAAGGUGCUCACAUCUUGAUCAGCAACAACCGACACGCCUUCAAGGCCUCCACGGAGGAAGAGAUGAGAGAACGCUGCGACGCACUGGAGUGUGAGUCUCUGCGUUAUAAUCUCUUCUUCCUCAACUGCGAGCACUUUGCUACAUUUGUGCGCUAUGGAAAAGCCGUGUGCAAUCAGGUUCCUGGGAGAAGCAAGAAUGAAGAGUAUGAGCCAGCAACUGAAAAGUUCCAGGACAUUGUCAACUCGAAAAGAAUAUCCGGAGAUCUUUUCAACUGAAGAGGCUUUCGCCAUUUUUGUUCCACAUCAUAUACGCAGUGUUCUUUCUUUUGAACUGCAAUUGUAGAAAACAUGAAAUCUGUGUUUUCGUAAAUUUCAAAGGGAAUGUAUUGUGAGUGAUCAAUUGUAAAAUAAGAUUCAUCAGUUAUUUGCCCUGAACACGUGAUAUUUGUUGGAUUAUUUUCUCCCUACACUUCACUUCGAGGGCCACCUAUAAUGCGUGACAUAUGGAACUGGCUUUCUUGCCUGGGUGAUAACGUCACUGAUGUAAAUAAAACCUGGAUUUGUCCUGUUCUGUUAA